AUGGCGGGAGAUAUUGGUGACAAAUUGUCAUCUUUGGGCUUACAGGAAGUUGGAAAGGCCAAGAAUCCCGUGAGUCCCUACCGACAACACAUCGCCGAGAAAUUGGCCCCCAUCGUCGACCGAAAAGUGGAAGACAUUGCUCCUCUGGUAUCAUGGACGACAAGUCCGGAUAAAGGAGACCUCAUGCUUCCUGUUGCCGCUUUCCGGAUCAAAGGCAAAUCACCUCAAGACCUAGCCAAGGAGAUAGUCGAGUCGUUUCCAACUGGAGAGGAUAUACUUGUGACGGCCUCACAAGCGGGCCCGUUUGUGCAGUUCUUUUUCAAGCCCGAACAUCUUACACAAGUCGUCAUUCCGGAGAUCUUGAAGAGCAAGAACGCUUACGGCUCGGAUCCUACGCCCGGCUUGAAAGACCCCUCCGACCCGUCCCAGGGUCACAAAAAGGUCAUUGUGGAGUUCUCAUCGCCGAAUAUCGCGAAAGAAUUUCACGCUGGCCAUCUCCGAAGUACAAUCAUCGGCGGUUUCCUGGCAAAACUUUACGCUAGAACGGGCUGGGAUGUCAUCAAGAUGAAUUAUCUGGGUGACUGGGGCAAACAGUAUGGGCUCCUUGCCAACGGUUUCAAGCAGUUUGGUAGCCAAGAGGAAUUGGACAAAAACUCCAUUGCCCACCUCUUCCAGGUCUACGUCAAGAUCAAUCAAAUCAAGUCGCAGCAGGACGAACCAAUCAAUGAAUUGAAGAAAGAAAUCAAGGAGAAGAAGGCCAAGGGCGAAGAUACCACGGAACUAGAGAACAAACUCGCUCCGCUAGUGGAAGCCAGUGAGGACGAAAAGGCUCGGAAAUACUUCAAGAGCAUGGAAGAUGGUGACCCCGAAGCCCUUGCUUUAUGGCAGCAGUUCCGAGACAUGAGCAUCGAGAAAUACAAAAAGACGUAUGCCCGGUUAAACAUUGAUUUCGACGUCUACUCUGGCGAGUCCCAGGUCAAGCAAGAGACCAUCAAGAAAGUACUCGAUGAUCUCUUGGCCAAAAAGAUCGCAGAGGAGUCCGAAGGCGCCAUUCUGAUCGACUUCGCAAAGCACGGCGCAAAGAAACUCAACAAAGCUGUCAUCGUGCGAAGAGAUGGCACCCCACUGUACCUGACUCGAGAUCUGGCAGCAAUUCUUGAGCGUUACGAAACGUAUCAUUUUGACAAGAUGAUCUACGUUAUCGCCGAUCAACAAAAUGAGCAUGUUGCGCAGUUGUUCAAAACGACCGAGAUCAGCGGCCACAAGGAUAUCUCGGACAGAUGCGAGCACAUCUCUUUCGGCAUGGUCAAGGGCAUGAGCACGCGAAAGGGGACCGUCAAGUUUUUGGAUGAUGUGAUCCAAUCGGUCAAGGAUGUCAUGCUUGACGUGAUGCAAAAGAACGCAAAGAAAUACGAACAGUUAGAGGAUCCCGAUGCUGUGGCUGAUAUCCUGGCCAUCACUGCGAUUAUGGUCCAGGACUUGACGGGCAAGGUUCGCAAUGGCUACGAAUUCAACAUCAAUCAGAUGACGGCUUUCGAAGGUGAUACCGGCCCGUACUUGCAGUAUGCCCAUGCACGUCUAUGCUCGAUCGAACGAAAGGCAAACGCAGACCUGAGCACGUUAGAUUCGGCCGACCUGUCGCUGCUGAAAGAGCCCCAUGCGGUCAAUCUGGUGCGAGCGCUGGCGCAAUAUCCCGAUGUGGUUAUGAACACGCUCAAAACCCGUGAGCCGUCGACCGUGCUCACUUACCUUUUCAAGAUGGCUCAUGCGUUGAGCUCGAGUUACGACCAUCUGCAAGUUGUGGGGAGCGAACCUGAAUUGCAGAAGGCUCGGUUGGCGCUGUACGAGGCUGCUCGACAGGUCCUCUGGAAUGGCAUGACCUUGCUCGGUCUGACCCCGGUGCAGAGAAUGUGA